AUGGAAGACCGAGCAGCCAAAAUAAAAAGGCUGAGAUCAAGUGGGUUCAGGAUAUGCAAGCCCCGGGUAACUUUCCUGUGGCCGGACAUGGCUGCAGCCUCCUCUCCUCCAGUCCAACUCAAUGGCUUACUUGCUAGAACUCCUUCUUCUGUCUCUUCCUUGUCCUCCUCCAUAACCACACUCGCCCCUGCAGACUCACAGCAUUCUCCUUCCCCAGUGACGAGGCCAGUAGCAGAAAGAAGAAGAGGCUUCGUCGCAGUAACUCUAACCACACCAACUUCUUCCUCUGCAGUUCCUUCUAUCCUCUGCCGGCAGGGGAGAAACAGCAGCACUACUCCUAGAACUCCUUUGAUCAACCUCAACGAAGUUCCCCUAACCCAAAACAAGAAUCUGAUUCAAGUUUCCCCUGGUCCAGUCACCUAUCAGAGAAGAAACCAUCAGCAGAGUUUCAGUGCUGGAAAUAUGGCAGCUUCAUCAUGCCUUCCGCUGGGAGUACAGACAUGGCUGGCUAUUGGUGGUGGUAAUCCGGCAUCAGAUAAGGAAUGCAAGCGAGGCUAA